AUGGGUUGGUACUUGGACUUCCUACUUUCCAGCUUUUGCUCACACACAUUUCCUAGUCUCGGCUGUCGAAUUUGUUGUAGUUUCAAUUGGCAUCGCCACGGUGUUGUUGGCAUUGGGUGAUAUCGUCAUUACGAGGAGACAUCGAACAUUCUACAGUGAGAUAGUCUUGUUCUCAUCAUGUUGAAUCUUUGCUGACUUUCAAUCCAGAAUUUGACAUGGAGAAACUGCCACUGCCAGCCUUAGUGCGACACAACGGCCAGCCACCUAUCCACAUCGCGUCUACGCUAAAACCUCUCACCAAUUCGAACUUCAAACAUCAGCACUUCGAGUGA